AUGAGUCUGUUAAGCUGGAACUGCCGGGGUUUGGGGGGCACCCGGUCAGUUCGUGAGCUCUUGGGCUUUGUGUCCAAGCAGCAUCCCCAAUUUGUCUUCUUAAUGGAGACAAAAGCUACGGAAUCGAAAGUGGAGGAGGUUCGUAUUAAAUUGGGUUUUGAGGGGAAAGUUUGUGUGGAACGGAUAGGGAUUGGUGGGGGGCUGGCUUUUUUGUGGAGGGAUAAGGAUACGGCGUCACUGAGGAGUUAUUCCAACAAUCAUAUUGACAUGGACAUAACUCUUCCAGGCCGCUCAGGGUGGAGAAUGACGGGGUUCUAUGGGGAGUUUGAUAGAAGUCGACGGCAUAUCACUUGGAAUCUACUGCGACAACUUAAGGAGGACUCUCAAGCUCCGUGGGUUGUUGUCGGGGAUUUUAAUGAUAUUGCUAGUCUAGCGGAGAAAAGGGGAGUACACCCGCAUCCAUCAGCACUAAUUGAGGGUUUUAACGACGCCCUGGAAGACUGUGGAUUGGUAGACCUGGGUAUGGUAGGAGGUCGUUAUACAUGGGUGAAGGGGAGGGGUACUGAUGCAUGGGUAGAGGAGAGGUUGGAUAGGGCGGUGGCGACUUUGGACUGGAUGGAAUUACAUGAAGAAGUUGUGGUGCGGAACUUGUAUGCUCACAACUCCGAUCAUUGUGCUCUGUUUGUGGAUUUAAAUUAUGGGCCUACACGCGUUGCGAACCGGAAAUUUAGAUUUGAGUCGGCCUGGAUGUUGGAGGCAGGCUGUAUGCGUGUGGUUGGAGAAGCAUGGCGUAUGUCUACAGGGCAGCCUUUCCAGGAUCGUUUAGCUCUAUGCGGCGAGCGACUCCGGAAAUGGGGCGGGGAAUACCAUCGGACCUUCGGGGCCCGAAGUAAUUAG